AUGACAAGGAUCAACUUGGAAAGUUCGACUCAAGGAGUGAUGAAGGCAUAUUUCUGGGUUAUUCAGGCAAUAGUUCAGCUACAGAGUCUUCAAUCUUCGGUCCAAGAUGAUUAUGGAGUCGGUCAAUGUUGUUUUGAUGAUCGAUCAAUUGCGGCCAUGGGAGACUCUCCAAUGUUUCAUGAACCAGAAGUCAGCGAAGCAGAAACAGAAGCAGAGGAGGUUCGUGAAGAAGAAGAAAAGGUUCAUGAGGAAGUCUCUGACACAGCUCCUGAUGUAGGUCUCCCACUGACACAAGUUCACAGAAACCAUUCCUCGAACGAUCUGAUUGGAGACAUCACUGAGCCACGAAGGACGAGAGGAAUCAAGAUGAACUAUAAGCAGAUGGAACUAGAGGAGUUCGUGAGAAACGAUGUAUGGGAGUUAGUGCCACUACCUGAUGGUGUGAAUGUGGUCGGUACAAAGUGGAUCUUCAAGAACAAGACAGAUGAUGCUGGAAGCAUUGUACGAAACAAGUCAAGACUUGUUGCGCAAGGUUACUCACAAGUUGAAGGAGUCGACUUUGAUGAAACCUUUGCCCCUGUAGCUCGUCUUGAGUCUAUCAGACUGUUUCUAGGGAUGGCAUGCAUAUUGAACUUCAAGGUGUAUCAGAUGGAUGUGAAGAGUGCUUUCUUGAAUGGCAUUCUACAAGAGGAAGUAUAUGUAGCCAACCGAAGGAGGAACUGUGGACAAAACUUGUUCACACUUGAGAAGAAGAAUGAGAUGAUGAUGGUGCAGAUCUAUGUAGAUGAUAUCAUCUUUGGAGGAACUUCAGAGAAGCUGGUGGAAAACUUUGUGAAGAGUAUGACUAAGGAGUUCAAGAUGAGCAUGGUGGGAGAUUGA